AUGAGUACCAGCAGCCUCAGAGCACCAGAGAACCAUGCGUCCUUAAAGAGCCCGCAUCUGCCCAACAUACCCAGCAGCAGACCUUACUGGGAUCAGCAAAAUGACAUGAGCAACCUGUACUUUAGUUUUGAUGAAAAUUCCAUGGAACAAAACCUGAAAACACAUCAGCAAGACUUCGGAUCUGUUUACACAGAGAGAAAGAUGUCCGGCUCAUAUUGUUCCCAGAGCCCUGCACCUCAGUGUCAGUCCCUGAAGACUUGUUCUCCUACACAUGUCUUCCUGUCCUCAUAUACGGAGCACUCCAUGCACAUCCCACCCGAAGGAGACCAGGUGGUUCCAUCUUUCCAAAAACUCUCUGUGUACGAGCACAUGCCCCCGUGUUCUCCCCGUAGAUGCACCAAACCUUUACCCCCUCUCCCGGAUUUGGACGACAUGUCCUCCGAUGACGUGGUGGACAGCGAGGUGGAGUUUUUCACGAGCACAGACGACACAGAGCGGCUUGUGCCAGAGCGGUGUUCUAAGCCCUUGGCCUUCUGUUAUGGUGUGCCGGGCAGACGAAGCUUCAGAGGGUGCGGGCAGGUCAACUACGCCUAUAGCGAGAGUACCAGCGGCUUCAGGUCCCAAGGGCAGCAGGUUCAGCAGAGAGAGCAGGUCACACACAGGGAUGGGGUGAGGCAGCAAGACAGGCCGCAGAGAAGGCUACGCCGUUCUCUUUCCGGCCCUGCCGGGUCGUUCAAACCCGCCAACCUUCGGCUGAUGGGCCACCAUCAGAACCACAGCCACCCGCAGGAAAAACCAGAGAUUCCUCCCCGUGUUCCCAUCCCGCCUCGUCCCAGCAGGAACACCGACACCCAGCGGUGGUCGGCAGACAUGCAGUCGAGUUUGAUUGACGUGGAUAAGCCUCCUAAAGUCCCCCCAAGGGAGCCCAUUCCCUGCAGCAGCCCCCGUGCGUCCAGUCCCAAGAGUCUCCCCAUUUACGUCAACGGAGUAAUGCCGCCCACUCAGAGCUUUGCCCCUAAUCCCCAGUAUGUCAGUAAAGCUCAGCAGCGGCAGAGCUGCGAGGGCUUACCCAACUCCCGCUCGCCCUGUAUCGUUCCCGUUUUGGAGAAUGGGAAGAAGGCUAGUGCCACACAUUACUACCUCCUUCCUCAUCGUCCGGACUACUUGGACAAAUUUGAAAGGUUUUUCAGGGAACAGGACUCUGAAGCUGCUAAUGAUGGUUACAAAUCUGGGUGGCAUUGCUAG